UAGUGCAAGGGGCGUUAAAAACAGCAGGCGUGACUCAGUGCUGUGCGUUGAUUGGUUGGUAUGACUGGCCUCACAAGAUCUGAUAUAGAAACGAAGCAAAAACAACUCAUUUAGAAAAAAGGCACAGUUAUUUUUACCGCCAUUGCGACAGGUGUUUUGUAUAACAUCAUCUUUAACCCACACUGAGACAUAAGUUUAAGUCUAAGCUGUGCUUCCUUUUAACCAAACUGAGUUUUUACUUAAAAAGAAGUAAUAACCCAUCUAGUCAUCAUUUCAGCUGACGGAACAUGGCGAGGAACAUCUUCUCGAAGUUGCUUCGUGUUCCUACGUCCAUGCAACUUGCGUGUCUCCGAACGGGAAGCUUGUUGCAGGAAAAGGCUGCUGCUGUUAAGGUUCCAGGCAGCAGAUGGUCCAGCAGUAACUCUCCUCCGGAAAAAAUCAGCCGCUAUCCUAUUCCCUACAAGAAGGACUUACCUUAUGAUAUAGUGGAGCUAAUGGAGGAAGUGGAGUCGAAGGGAGGCUUUCUACCCAAUAUCUUCAAAGUACUUUCUCACAGGCCAGCAGAGUUCAGAGCUUUCUUCGCAUACUACAAUGAAUUGAUGAACAAGGAAACAGGCAGGCUAACUAAGGCAGACCGUGAGCUAAUCGUGGUUGCCACCAGCAGUCAUAACAAAUGUCUUUACUGUGUGGUGUCCCAUAGUGCUCUGCACCGCAUCUACUCGAAGAACCCUACUCUUUCUGAUCAGGUAGUUGCUAACUACAAAGUUGCGGAGCUCACACCUCGGGAGCAUGCCAUGCUGGAGUUUGCGAUGGCCGUGUGUCGCUGUGACACCAUCACAGAUAAGCACUUUCAGUCUUUGGAGGAAGUCGGCUUUGACCGCGAGGACGCCUGGGAUAUUGCGGCCAUCGCUGGUUUCUUUGCCAUGUCCAACCGACUCGCCCAUUUCACAGACAUGAGGCCCAACCAGGAGUUUUUUAACUUGGGCCGUGUUCCCCGGGACAAGAGCCAGGACAAGACAGAAGAUAACUAGUGGAGAAGGAAAGCUGUGUCACAUGCAGUCUUUUCUAAAGCAAAAGUUAUGUGUGAUGCAACACAUUCAUAAUACAGCCAGAAAUCUCUCAGGUCUAUUUUUGGUUUCUUGUCUCUCUUAUGUUUUUUGUUCAGUGUAGUGAAAGAAGGGAAACUACCUAAAGUGAAGACGACAUGAGAGGAGUUAAAUGCAUGUUGACUUUCAAUUAUUAUUGAUUGGACGUAAAUCUUCAAUGUCUGUAAAAAACUUUAUCUGCUGUGUGUUUUCAUGAAAUGACAGAUAGUUUCGUAAGGAAGCUCCGUGUUGGAACUACCUUAAGCACAAAAAAGAAAGAGGGUAAUCAGAAAUGUCCUGCGUAUGUGAAUUUUAUUUACCUCUAAAACCUUUCCGCACUAAGAAGACAAAGAAGCACAAAUAUAAUGUAAUGUGUGAUUCAUGUGUGUAUGUUGUUGGGAGAGUUUUUCUUUAUAUAUCACCUAAAUUUAAAUAUUUUUCUGCUGUUUGCUUGUAGUGGCUAUGUUCUUUAUAUUAGGAAUUUUCCUUGCUUUAUUUUCCUGCUAAGAGGUUCUGUUUGCACAUGAUUAGAAUAUCCGAAUAAAAGACAGAGGUCUGUUGCCAA